GCGACGAUCAUUCUGGAGGAUGUUAUGGUUUUGGGGGUUUCUCUCUUUUUGGUGAUCCUGUUUUCACAUCCAUUCAAGGUGAAGAAAUGACAAAGGUGGAAAACAAAUUGAUCUCUGCAAGAAAUGAACUUUACAAGACAAAAACACGUGCACCUAGAGCUUCACUAUGGAUGGAAUUUUUCAUGAGUAAAGCUAGUAAAAUUGAACAUGAAGCAUUCAUUUCUGCAUGGCUUUCCAUUUUUGUUUUUCCUCAUAAAAGCUUGUUGAUCAAAAGUUCUUUGUUUCCUAUUGCUGUUCAUCUUGCUAGAGGAAAACCUAUUGCUUUAGCACCGUCGGUUCUGGCUUGCUUAUAUAAGGAUUUGCGUUUGUUUAAGGAGACAAUUGUUGGAUUGACAAAAACUACAACAGAAGGUGCUAAAUUUCCAUUGAAGGUGGAGGUUAAUGUACAAUCACCCAUUUACUUGGUUAAAGUUUGGCUUUGGGAGAGGUUCAAAAAUUUGCAACUCAGUAGAGAAUGGAUCAAGAUGUUCCAGCUUGUGUGCCUAGAUUCAAUGAGAAUGAAACCAUUGCUUGGAAAAAUUACUGCAGACCCUUAUCUGAUGCAAGUUUAUUCAUUCCAUCUAGAUGAUAUUGAUGCCGGUGUUUACUGCAGACCCUUAUCUGAUGCAGGUUUACUGCAGACCCUUAUUUUGAUGCCGGUGUUACCACACGUUAUGCAACAUGGUGGAAGAGAAGUGCAGGUUCAUCAACAUGUACAGCUCAUGCUGAGAUUCCACUUGAGUUUCUUCAUCCUAAACUUGUUACUUUUGGAAAGCCUUGUGACUAUAGUUCAAAAGCUAAGGGAGAUGAUAUUGUUGAUGGUGAUGUUGAAGAUGGCUUGAAUUCUGAGAAAAACUCUGUUGAUAUUGUUACCGGCUCUGAUAAUUCUGUUGAAGAUGGUUUGAAUGCUGAGAAAAAUAUGGCUGUUGAUGGUCCUUCUCCUUUGUUAUCUGUUGCUGAGGAUGGUAACCAUGUUCAGUCUAAAGAUGGAGAUGAGAGCAUGGAAGCAAGGCUGUCAAAUGACGAUAUCUGCCAAGCUGAGACUCCAACUGAAAGGUAUAGCUUUUUAUCUGAAGAAAGCAUAGCAGAACUUGAACAAAGAAUCAACCAACUCGAAAUAGUGCAUACAAAACUGAAGACGAAAAGACGCAGGUUGUUACCGUGAAGCCACUUGACAGAAAUGGAUUUCAACAGAACAAGGAAUUUCUCGCAGAGUUUUUAGCUUUUUGUCUUUUGAACCACCCUAAUCUUUUCAACUUAGUAGAACUAAUUAAAGAUGGCAAGGUUUGUCUGGUCACAGUUGACAAACAAGACCAUAUGAAACAUGAACUUUUAGGAUAUGGAUGUUGGUACUUUGUUCUGCUUUUACUCUAUUUAUUAUGGUGUUCUGGAAGAAUAUGCAAGUAGUUUUAUCAAUGGUGGUUAGACAAAAUGAUUGAGUUUGCUUUUUAUUUUAUGAAUCUAUAUGUAGUUCAUAUUUUUAUUCAGUUCAAAUUUUAGCUAUAUUUGA